GGACGAGAGGAGAUGUCCCGCAAAUGGUUCGAGCGAGGAGACGACGCGUUCAAACCUCCGGACAUUGGAAGAUAGCGAGUCGAGAUCGCUUCGUACGUUCAGUUUGAAGAACGAUUCGCCGGACAAGGACGAUGAGGAUUCGCGAUUCAGGGCUCGAAGGAACGAGGGAAGGAUCAAGCAGAGCCUGAGCGAUCGCGUUCGAUCCUCGCGGAACGGUCAGAGGGUAUCGGAUUCUUCGGACAAGCGUAGAUUCAAGUUGUUCAAGGACAAGAGUAAAAAAUGUUCGGAAAAGAGCAAAGAUCAGCAGCAGGCCGUGGAUAUCGUUCGCUGUGAAGAAGCGACUCGCGGCAAAUUGCAGAAAACCGACUCCUUCCUGAGAAGAUUCGUUAAAAACUCGAAAGACAACAUCGCGGAAGGCUGCGAGAGGCUGGUAAGGAAUAUCCAGAAGAGUCCUCAGUUUCUCCGAAAGAAAUUGUUCGAUUCCAGCGACGAGGACAGACCCGUGCCGCCGAUCAGAAGAAAAAGAUCCAACGGCAAACGUUGGUUGACCGAGCCUUUAAUCGUUAAAUCGUCUUUCGGUGAUCCGGAAGCCGUUUCCGUUGUCCGCGUAGACGACGAGGUAACACGGAACGAUUCGCGCGAAUCUCCGAUCGUAUCCCCGAAAGAUUACGAUUCGUCGAAAAGCGUGUCCAUAGAGGACGUGGAGGAUCUGAUCAGGAUAGAGGACAAUCUGAGACUUUUGGAGGAGCGCGUGCUCGUGAGGAGACGUUUGGAAAAGUCGAGCAAGAUCCUCCGAAGUCUUAAUUCCGAUCAUCGAAGAUCGUGGAGCGAGGAGAGGCUCGUUUCCGGUAUCGAGCGGGUUCACAAGAGAGUUUGGGCAGGAUCUCCACUGUGCGGAGUGUCCGCCGACUCGGUUUGCUCGCCGAUCGCUCACGAACGAUACGCGGUAGGAGAGUCAAGGUCGUCUGAGCGAAGAGACAAGGUAGAUUAUCGCGACAAGUGGUGGAAGGCUAAGCGAUCGCCUCCGCCGGACGACUGGCAGGUUCAGAGGUCGUCGAGGGUCGACGAUAAAGACGAUAAGCUCGUCUCGGCAAGGAAGUCGGGGAUAGACGGCGGGAAUCGGUGGGAACCGCGAGCGUCGACCGUCCGCGUAAAAUGCAAACUCGCGAAUUUCGCGGAUGCCCGACAGCACCGUGGCGGGGACGAUCAAGAGAAGAGGCGGUCGGUGGCCGCCAGUGAACAGCUAGUCGACUCGAACGAUCCCGCGUCCGUCCACGCUCUGGAACGGACCAGAGUACGGACAGAGUCGUGCUCGAAAGAUGAACGAAUCGACGACGAACCGCGAACCUUCGCCGGAACCAGCGAUUUUGACCUCGUGACCGUUCGCGUCGACCUCAUCGACUCGCUCGAGGAUGUCUCGACGGCGAACGUAGUACGAUCGUCUUGUGCUCCUCUGUCCGAUCAAGCCGUCGCGAAGCCUCCGAACGACUUCCAAGGAAGAUCAACGAGCAAGAAGAAAGUGAAACGCAAGGGUUAUCGAGACGUUCGAGAAUCGAAAGGCUCGAAAAUGAAAUUUACCCUGAGGAUGAUCAGGAUUCGCGAUAAACUGAUGCUAGGGCUGAGCGCCUUCGCGAUAUUGUUCACCGUGCUGUUGGUGAUGGACCUUCAGAUGGAUCUGGGUUACAGUGGACACCAUCUGGUGCCUAGUCACGGACGCGUUAGAAUCGGCGACGAUCCUAACGCGGACACCAUUUAUAACACCUUUCGACGGAAGUUCCUGCAACGAACGAACGCUAGCAAGGAACAAACGGCCGAUGCGGUUGCCACCGCGCCGAGUAGCGGAAAGGUGUACGGUAACGACGGUAAAGAGUCGAGAACAGAGAAGAACGUCGAGGUGCACGACAGUUUUCCGGAUUUAGUGGACAUUGUGGUGAACGGUUACGGUGUCGGUGCGUACGACGGUGUGGCCAGGAUCAGCGGUGAAGAUCGUUCCAACAAUCCUACGCUGGGGGAGUUGAAAAAAGUCAGCCCAAAGAAAAAUAGUUCGACGUUGGAGAAAUUUCAUCUGAAGAUCUCGAGGACGGAACUGUAUCCGGCUAAUUCGAAAUACGUGGACCAAUUGUUACACGAACUCGCAACGGAGCCUAUCGUUCAUGUCGUUCAGAAGGAAGGUGGUACGCAGCUGAAACUCCAAAUAAACUAUUCGAACAUGCAGGCGCUUUUCAAGCCGAUGAGGUUUCCACGGGAGCAGCAGACCCUGCCGAAUCAUUUCUAUUUCACCGAUUUCGAGAGGCACACGGCAGAAAUUGCGGCCUUUCAUCUCGACAGGCUGUUGGGAUUCCGCAGAGCGAUGCCAGUCACCGGGCGAACGUUGAACUUAACCACGGAGAUUUAUCAGAUCGCCGACGGUGAACUGUUAAAGACGUUUUUCGUCAGUCCAGCCGGCAAUAUCUGCUUCCACGGCAAGUGCAGUUAUUACUGCGAUACGGCGCACGCGAUUUGCGGAAAUCCGGACACUCUCGAAGGAAGCUUCGCCGCGUACUUGCCGGAUAAAUCUUUCGCCGCGAGGAAAGCCUGGCGACAUCCGUGGAGAAGAAGUUAUCACAAGCGGAAAAAGGCGCAAUGGGAACACGAUUCCGACUAUUGUUCGUUGGUGAAAGAAAUACCACCUUACGACGAGGGGCGAAGGUUGCUAGAUUUGAUGGAUAUGGCCGUGUUGGACUUCCUUAUGGGUAACAUGGACAGACACCAUUACGAAACGUUCAAGAUCUUUGGCAACAACACGUUUCCUUUACACUUGGAUCACGGCAGAGGUUUUGGGAAGCCUUUUCACGACGAAUUCUCGAUCUUGGCCCCUAUUCUGCAGUGUUGCAUGAUCAGGCAGACCACCUUAAGCACCCUAUUGAAAUUUCAUAACGGACCAGUGCCAUUGAGCGAAGCGUUACGAAAAAGCAUGGCAAAGGACCCCGUAGCGCCGGUAUUAUGGGAACCCCACUUUACUGCCCUCGACAGGAGGGUGCGCAUGGUGCUUCAAGCCAUCAGGGACUGUAUAAAUCGCGACGAUUCGAGCCAGGUUGUGCACGAAAGAACCGAGAACGCGGCGUCCUAGCCUUAUCCAGAUUUUCCAGUGAAACGAUCGUUCGGACCGUUCUUCGAAAGCGAGACCGGCUGAUUUUUCGCUCGCAACUUCCUGUAAAAAGAAUUUGUAAAAAAAAAAAAAUUGGACUAUUUGCGUGUAACAAAAAGGCUAGUGGUGAACGUUUGAGCGACGAAUAUCGACCGACCGAAUCUAAAAAAAGAGUCUAUUAAUUAUCGUGGUUAUCGGCCGAUAUUUAUCGUUGAUCCAUGUUUUGAAACUUUGUAGCUUUAAUUAUCGCUGGUCGAUCUGAAUCGAUCACCGAGCCGCCGAGCUUCGACUUCGUUUAACUUUUUACAAAAUUGUUAUUCGUCGAGCUACGAGAGCAUGUUCUUCUUCUCUUUAUAAUUAUGCAGAAUAUAGGAUACGCGCCUAUCGAUUUUUAUUUGAAUUUUCACGCGCUACGAGUAGUUCGUACAAUGUAACGUAAUCGUUAAAUCGACUCCUUAUCGGAUAGAUAAUCGGUACUCCCGGUUUGAAAAUUUUCAAUUCCUCUGUCAGCAAAAUGUAUCCUAGUCUGCAUAAUUAUCGUUACGUUUUUUUCUUUUUCUUCUUUUGUUUUCCUUUUCGUUGUUUAUGUCCUAACUUGUUAAGAGAACAUUGUACAAAAAGAUACUGUACAUAGUGUAUGUAUCGUUAUAGAGUACGCGAGAAAGGAAGGAAUUAAAAACGUACAGCUUUGCGUGUACAUAGAAUACCAGGGAAAAAUCGAUAUCGCUUUUCGGAGCCAAAAUAUUUUUUCCGACGCGAUCGUCAUCGUCCUAUUAUUUUAUCGACGAUUUAACUUCGAUUCGAUCGUUCCGAAUCGACGAAACCCACCAAGAAAUUGCGAUUUAUCGUUUUUCCUCGACGAAUCGAAGGAGCCACAGUUCCUCGCGAUAAAAUCUAGCGUCAGAUUUUUUUACGGAAGUCGAAUUUUCAUGGAAAAUCGAAAGAGAUAGAUGCGUUUUUUCAUGUAUGCGUGAGAGGCGUCUUUUGUAAAGAGUGUGCUUUUCGUACGCAUGAUACUUAUGUGAACGUUUCGAAAGUGCACCUGUACUUGUAAGAGGAUUUUUUUUUUCUCUGUCUGGUCAGUGAGGAAAAGAAAAAAGCUCCGUUGAAGAAUCUUUCGAGUGUACUUUCUUUGAAAUUCGAAAUACCGGAAACCGUCUGAAAGUUCCUUCUUUCCCUCUCGCUUCCUUUUCUUAUUUCACCUAAAAGAACCUUAUAAAGUCGCUAGAAAAACAGUUUACUUCCCUAGUUUUCUUCUAUUUUCAAAUGAUUCGCGCGUAACUUUCUUAUGUUAAAGCCAUUUAUUAUACUUUAUUUUUCUUUCGCUCGUUUGUCUCGAACAAAGCGAAGCGAAUAUAAAGAGUUCUCCAGAAUUAAUUUCGCGCGAUUCAAUAUUGUAAUUUCUUCGGAAGUUCACCCAACUUUGGCCCGGAAGCUUAAACAUCCCGUUGGACUUGUUACUUUAAUAAUAUUACCGAUCAAACUUCUUCGCCUCCUUUUUUACUUCUUUCGACCGCACUCGAAGAACGGACAAUCAUGUACCAUUAAAAAUACUUGAUCUACAUAUUUUCUCGGCUCUUUUCUUCGCGAAAUCUGAAAUUUUUCAAAAUCGUCGAACUUUUAAAAAUUUUACGUUCAUCGAACAAGACCAAUUUCCUCGUAAAAGAAUACGGUGUUUUCGGUCGCGAUUAUAAUCUUCGUUAUUCGUUAACAAAACUCUUGCAUUUAUAAGAGAUUUUUCUUUUCGUUUCAUUUGUUAAACCUUGGAAUUAUUAAAAUCGAGAAUCGAGCGUGUUCAGCGAUGUCGUACUGUUCUAGGAAAGAAAGAUGGGGCCAAAAGAGGUAAAAAAUCAAUUUUCACGGCGUUUCAUUAAGCGAAUCUGAAAGAUUCAGUGGGUCUUUUAAUUACGUCGUGCUGCAAAAUUUAAGAGUUUCCAGACCAUCUUCGCUGUUCCUUCCGUUAUUAACCAUCAGACCCUGGAACGUUUUAUUUCCAUCCCGUCGAUUCGAUCUACCAUUGAAUUUCUUUUUCUUCUUUUCCGCGAAAUUUAUAGUUUUCAUCGUUGAAUCUUUCUGGAAGUUGUCUUCAAAAUCCUACAUUCGACGAAUCCUCUAAAAUUAUAUUUACAUAUUACGAUAAGCUAUUAAAAUACUCUAUAAUCGAAGCGACGAAUUUCCAAAUCGAUCGAGAUAUUUUCAAACGGAAAGGAAAACAGAAUUUUUCUCUACGAGCAUUGUACGAAAGUUAAUAGUUUCAUUUGGAUACAGGUAUAACUCGCGCGUACGUAGUCUGCCACUUUAUCCCAGGGCGGUUAGCACCCUUAUUUCUAGGGAAACUUUCGUUCUCCGAAAGUUUCCACCUUCACGUGCUAAAGUAAACGACGAAAUUUUCACGUAAGAUCAAUAAAACUGCGCGAACAGAACGAAGUUUCCGUUUCUUGCAACAACCGUGCGUUUAAUCACGAUGUAUUUCUGAGCUUAAAAUUAUUAAACGAUCGCGAACAUGGAUUUUCAGAUUCUUCUUUAAUCUCGACUCAUUAUCGAUAACGAUGCGAUCUGUUUUAAAACGGAUAUUAAUAAUGCACACGUUCGUUACGUUAACGUCGAUAUUAAAUCGCUUCUUUAUUCAGAGAUGAAUUAUGAAUCUAGGAAAUUUCAAAUGAUUGGCAGCUGAUUAAAAUAGAAAUACUUGUAUAAUAGUAAGUAGACCGGGAAUACAUUUUUUUUAUCUUCGACGUCUUUUUAGUUAAUCGAUACGUUCGUCAAUUUCUCGGAAGCAAAUUUCAAAAAAUGAUUAAAUUACGACGUAAUUUCAUUACGGUACUAACUAGUCAAAGUUUGCGUAAACUCUAAUCAACGAAAUAUUAAAUAUUAAACGUUUCGCUUCGUUUGUAUCGAAAACUCGCGCAAAUUUUCGAUCUUAUAAAUUGCAAUUUCGACGUUAAAAUUAACGCUCGCCGAUUAAUGUUACAGGAUAAACUAAAUCUCUCGUUUAAUCGAAAGUUAUCGUAUCUAAUUUCGUAUAUACAUGUACGUCUGACACGGUAUCAACGAGAUUACGAUAGUACCAAAAAAAAAAAAA